UGAAUAACUAGAUUACGUAGUGUCUUACGCGCUUGCCAUUCGUCGCUCAACCGUGGCACAGUGCGGUCGUGUCACAGGUUAUCAAAAUGUUCUUACCGUUAUAUUUACUAGCUGCGACGUUCGCCCAAGUGUAUGCGAACUGGCAACCUUUUAAGGCUUUGUUGUACUCCAGUUGGAUUACAUGCGAUCACGACAAGUCUCUCAACCGCGACGUCAGCGAAGUCGACGUCUACUUCUACGACUUCCAGAACAACUUCAACCUCACCUACCCUGCCUCCUCGUUCGUCGAAGGCAUCACCAAGUACUACAACCUUGACGUCACCAGGAAGCUUAUCUUCUUCGUCCCCGGCUACAAGUCUCAUAUCAGCAAAAACACUGAGGAACUUGUCAGACAGACCUUCAAGGAUGUUCCCAAUACCUACUUAAUCAUUAUUGACCAUUCCCUUUACACUUCCGCUCGUGGAGGGAAAAUUAAGAGUUACGAACGAUCUGUUUCAUAUGCCUAUUACAUUGGACGAGCUAUUGGUAACGUUCUUGCUAAACUACGUAAUAGUGGUUACCCAUCAAAGAACAUACAUUGCAUCGGUCAUAGCUUAGGAAGUCAGAUGCUAGGAUACGCUGGUGGUAUCUACACAGAACUGACUAAAGAGAAGAUUUGGAGGAUAACAGGCUUAGAUCCAGCUGGACCGUGCUUCUCUAACAGUUUAAUCGAGGACCAAAUCAGGUCUGGUGUUGCAGAGUAUGUGGAAGUAUACCAUUGUAAUGCGGGAGGUUUGGGGACUACCGCAGUCUUGGCUGAUACUGAUUUCUUUUUUAAUAAGAAGGGGAAGAAGCAACCGCCAUGUCACGAGGGGCUUAUACCUGGAAAGGGAGAGUCUGAUGCAGCUAAAUGCAGUCACAAAGCGUGUGUGAGGUAUUACAUGAUGUCUGUUCAUGAACCCAAUUGGUAUUUGGCGUGGGCUUGUGAUAACUAUGAUGAGUUCUCUGGAGGGCAGUGUGCGAGGAACCAAGUCACUAUGGCUGGAUACCACAACCCUGGUAACGCUACUGGAGUGUAUUACGUUUCGACAGAAACUUAUGGUAUUGAAUAAUAUUUAGGCAUACUCUCUAGAUAAGUUACCGAAACUUUUACGUAAAUGUUUGUUUUUUCACAUUUCUGUAGCACGGAAAUAUUGUGAUAUUAUGAGUUACCAAAUAUUACAACUAUAUAUAGUGUAUGUUAAAUGGUCAUGAAUUAGGAAUACAAUGUAUUGUUCUAAAAUCUAAGGUACAUUUAAUGAUAAUAAUUUUGGAAACAUCUUUGGUAUAUUGUUGGCCAUAGAUUUACUAUACAGUAUGUAUUUUACAUCUUUACGCAUUUGUGUAUAUAGGGGAGUGCUUACAUCACGCAAAUAAUGUCAAUAAUAUAAAUUAACUAUGUAAAUAACAUGAAAUAAAUGGAGCGUCAAGAAUCAAACUGAUAUGACGUCAGCAAUAUUUGCAAGGUAAUUAUACUAAUUAGUUAAUAUAAAAUAAUUCGAUGAAUAUAACCCUUAUUUCAGCAUUUUUGCGACGUAUUGACUUAACAUUUCCAUUAAUUUAAAUAUCAUAAUUAUAGAGGCUUUUAACGUACUUAUUUUAAUUCCGGGCCAUUGAAUCAAUCAUAUUAAUAUCGAAUUGUGAGAUGGAAGUUAAAUUAGUUCUCAUAAUAACUUCGUUAUCGGUAUUUCUGUUUGUAUCGGCAUUGAUAUUAAAGCUAUUUGACGUUGCUGACUCUGUUGUGAUAGUGUAUGAGAAUAAAAGUAAUUGAGUAAC